CCAGUCUGCUGUGAUAGGGCUUGCAUGGUAAAAUUCUCCCCAGCCUUGCCCGACCGAUGCAGCUCGACUUCGUCGUUGCCCUCGCCCUCGCCGUGACGUUCUUCGGCGUCGCCGCGAAGCCAGCAGCAGCCGCCUGCCUCCUCGCAUUUCUCUACGCGCUGGGCGUCUUCCUGCUUAGCGCCGUCUCGGGCGAGGCCGGCGCCAGGCGGGCCGCGGUCGCCGUCGUGGCCACGGGCUCGUUGCUGUACCUCUCUCGUGUGGCGCCGGCCGCAGUUGGGCACGAGGCCCUGCUGGGCGCCGCGGGUGGGCUCGCCUGCCUCGCGACCCACCGCCUGCUCGUCCGCAUCCCUCUGCCUCCGCUUCCGCCACUCACUGGCCGUACAGUCGUGGUGACGGGCAGCUCCGCCGGCCUCGGGCUCGCGACGGCGGAGCAGCUGCUGGAGCGCGGCGCGACAGUCAUCUUUGCCUGCCGCAGCGAGGCCCGAGGCCGCGCCGCGUGCCGCGCCGCCUGCAGCGCCUCGGGUGCGCCGCCCGAACGCGCGCUCUUCCUCGCUCUCGACCUGGAGAGCUGCGCCUCCGUGCGAGCCUUCGCCGCGCAGCUCCUCGCUACCGGCGGGAGGUGCGACGCGCUCAUCUGCAACGCGGGGGCGAUGCACCCAGAGAGGCGUGUGACGCGCGACGGCUGGGAAGCCAACCUCGCCUGCCACGCCCUCGGCCACCACCUCCUCGCCCGCCUGCUGCUGCCGCUGCUGCGCCGCUCGCGAGGCCGCGUCGUCUCGGUCGCCUCCUGUCUGCACCACUACGGAGACCCCGCCACCUUGCUCGCCGACCCGAUGAGCGAGGCCUCCUACUCGCUCUUCCCCGCGUACGCGCGCUCAAAGCUCGCGCAGGUCGCCCUGACGGCGGAGCUGCAGCGGCGCGAGGGCGCGAGCGGCGUGGUGUGUGUGAGCUUGCACCCGGCCAACGCACUCACCGACGUCACUCGCAACUUCCCCGCGCCCGUCCGGUUGCUCUACGCCGUCGCCUCGCCCCUCUUCCGCUUCCUCCAGCCGCCCCUCGCCGACGGGGCCGCGACGACCGUCUUCGCCGCCGGCAGCGACAACGUCUCAUCGCUGCGCGGCGCCUACCUCGAGCGGUGCGCGCCCGUCGCGUGCGCGCCCGCCGCCCGCGACGAGGCGUUUGGCCGCCGCGUCUGGGAGAUGGCGGAGGGGCAUCUCUCCCCUUGGCUGGCGCCGCUGGGACCGAGUCAGUGAGUGCCGGCGGCCCUCGCUGGCAAUUUUGGGAGAGUGUGCCACCUGAGGCUGUCAGUGAGCGACUAUAACGCCUUACACUCUCGAGACUAUAGAGCGCGCGCUCAAACGCCAUACGUAGUCGUAAAAGGUAAGGUAAGGUAA